AUGGCUUUCCUGCUUCCUUGGGCUCUGGCCUUCCUGGCGUCCCGCUGUGCGUUCGCCGCAGGGGUCGCAGGGGGCAUGCGGCCGUCAGGCCGCCUGUUGUGUCACGCCGCGCCGCCCCAGAUCCAGGUGAGUGGAAGCCCUGAGUCUAAGCGGGCGUACUUCCGGCAGCUGUUCAGCAAGAGCUGGGAUGCCUUCCUCACAGAGCUGGAAGAACCGGGUGGUUGUUCCGUAGCAGUCCUUUGCAAGCCGUCUCCAGGUUCCGUUGGAGCAACACUGCGAGUAUGUGCCCUUCUUGGAGUGCCCUUCUUGCUGGUGCUUGGUGGCUUGGGCUCUGCUGCGCGGAACAAAGAGAUCCGCAUUUCGCAGCUGCAGCGACGGCCCGACUGGGGCGUCGCCCUGCUCACACCACCCGAAGAGGUGCGUUUGUCGGAAGCCUUGGGUGAGCUCAAGGUUUUGGGCUUCCACACCUUGGGGCUCAGCUGUUCCGAGGAGGCAACCGAGCUUUGGGAAGCAGACCUCAGACAUGACCGCAUGGCCUUCAUCUUUGGAGAGGACGGCCUGGAUCAGAUUGCAACCAAAGAAGUACACGCCAUAGCCCGCAUUCCGAUCGAAGAGGGGCGCGGCUGCCGACUGUCGCUGCCGCACUCUGCCUCCAUGGUCUUCUACGAGCACCAGCGGCAGCGUGAAUGCAGUUGCCAGGAGCUGCAAGACAUCAAAAAGUUCGGACUCAUGUGGAAGGGCGAGGCGCUUGAGUUCAACGAGCUGCGUGAGGCAUGUGCGGACGAGACUGGCUUCUUGCAGCUGGUUGAGGAGCGCCUUGAGGUGAUGGAGACCACCGAAGCAACUGCUUCGAAGUCCAGCGGCGGCUUUCAUCGCAUGCUGCAGCGCUGGUUUCACGGCGGGGCCAGGAUUCACCGGGAGGGUGCCACCAAUGCGCCGUGGGACUGUCAAGUCGAUGUGCUCCUUCGCUGGGACGGCUCCAUGCUGAACCUCAGUACUCUUCAUGAAGCAGUGCAGGCUGUGCAGCGCCAGCAUCCCAUGCUGCGAGCGCGACCGCCUCUCGAUGACAGCACCGACUUGAAGUUGGGAUGCCGAGAUAGCGGCUUCUCUACCACAGUUGCUGCUACAUGGUCCUUGCUUUGCGAGGAGAUCGUUGUGCCACGUCGCCUACGUGAGCUAGUCGCAAAGGCCAUGUUCUUUUGCUGGCCACGCACUGCCAUACUCGAGGACGCUGCCGCUUUCAACAUCCCCGUGCUAUCCCAGAGCCUGGAGAGCGGCAGCAAGUGCAAUGCUGAUGAAGUCUACCGUGUGAUGAACGACUCCGGUUGGGCGUGGUGGGACGCCACAUCGGCUCUCAACAUGUGCCUGGUCAAUAUGCAGACCGAUGAGCAGGUCGUACAGUUUUUGUACUGCAGCAUCACGCACAAGUACGCGGAUGGUGGGGCUAUUGCCGCCUUCGUGCAUUCGCUGCAAGAGGCUUACCAAGCUCUGGCCCGUGGCGAGGUGCCUUCUGGCUCCGAGCAUCCAAUCCUGGCUGUGCAGCAGCAGCGGCUGCGGCGCUACCUGAGUGGCGCUCCCGGACAAGAGGGUGCUGUGGACGUGUACUUGUUCGACAUUGUCAACGAUACCUACUACCACAAAUGGGGUCAUAGCGUUGGGGUGCAGUUUACCCGCGGAGUUUGCGACACUCUUCGGAUGGCGGGACAGCGGAUGGCAUGCAGCGAGGAGAUUGCCUGGCUUGCAUGCAUCGUCGCCGCAAUGUUCCGGAUGCUUCCUGACAAGUUGCUCCGCAUCAUGGUGGUGCACAAUGGCAGGUUGGGGGAUGCUGAGGGGGCCGUGGCAUGCACCAGCAACUACGUGAUGCUGUCAAUUCCAUGCCUCGAUGCUUCAGCGACGCCGCUUGCUGACAUUGCCUCGCGGGUCAAGUAUGCCAUCACGCACGGAAAGUUCCGGCGGCCCACAACUUGUGAACAGGCGCAUGCACGGAUCAACAUCGGAGGAAUGAUUGGGAAAGACGGCGACUUCACACAAGUGUUCAAGUCGUCUCGAUGCAGGUCUUCUGCGUGGAGUCGUGCUCCUUAUGUGAUCCAGCUUCGGAUGGACAAUGAGGGCGGCGUUUGGUGCGUGAAGGACUUCAAGUGCCACGAGUUCGUGGAUCCGACCACAUUCUGGACUGCGGCAGUCUGCAUUGGCAGGGAGAUUGCUGAGGGUGCAUAUACCAACCCAAUUGAGCCUUUGGCUUGA